AUGUGCGCCUAUCAUUCGGGGGUAGAGUGUCAUAAUACGGAGGAUUAUUGGACUCUCAAGAGGGCAGUUGAGAAUUUGAUAGAACAGAAAAAAGUCGUGCUAAGGGAUAAGGAAGUCCCUAAUGUGACUAACAAUCCAUUACCGGCUCACAACAACGGGCCAAUCAUUGGAAUGAUUUGUGAUGAUAAACAGUUUGAUCCGGCCUUGAAAGCUAUCAUCACCAUUGCCGAUUCGAAGGUAAGACCUAGAGCGGCGGUGAAACAGGCUAGAAAUGAGAAGAAGAAACUCCAACUCCUCAAGUUGCAGAAAAAGCUGUGGAAACAAAAGAAAGUCACGGUGAAUGUACCAAAGUUGUAUGUGCCAAAAGGGACUUAUGUGGCACAGGGGCCGGUAAUUUCACCAAGGCUGACUGAGCCCGUGGUUAUCAGCCGCGCACCAAAGAGCCCUAUGAGAGACCCCACUGCAGUCCCCUGGAAUUAUAGCAAAAUAGUGGUCACUUACACGGGGAAAGAGAUUAUGGGGGAGGUGAACGAAAUGAACCAAUCUGGGAAGGACCAGAACCCAGAGGAGCUAAAGAGAUCAAAAUUGAACAAGGAGAAACAGUCUCCACCCAAGAAGCCUGUGAGUGCUGAAGAAGCAGAAGAGUUUUUCCGAAAAAUGAAAACUUCGGAAUAUGCCAUAAUUGAUCAACUCCGGAAGACUCCUUCCCAGUCGAACAAUUGGAGAGAAUGGCUAAACGAUUUCGAAGUCAACAGGAUUUCUUUCAGCCGUGAUGACUUGCCCCUAGAGGGAGCCGCCCACAACAAAGCCCUUCACUUGACUGUCAAAUGCGAAGGUUAUUAUGUGAAGAGGGUCAUGCUAGAUGGUGCGUCCAGGUUUGACAUUUGCCCUCUCUCAACGCUUCAGAGGAUGGAAAUUGGAACAAAAAUAAUUCGACCAAGCAAUGUCUGUGUGCGCGCUUUUGAUGGAGUCAAGCGAGACACAAUAAGGGAAAUUUAUUUGAUUCUGACCAUUGGCCCUGUGGAUUUCGAAGUGACUUUCCAGAUUUUGGAUAUGGAUACUUCGUAUAAUUUUCUCCUAGGAAGACCAUGGGUUCACGCUGCAAGGGUUGUGCCCUCCACUCUCCACCAAAUAGUCAAGUUUGAAUAUGAAAACCAAGAAAUUGUUGUCCGCGAGGAGGAUGAAUAG